AUGCCCGCAAAGGGCACUAGUGCAACAACAGAUGCCCUUCUCUACAUGAUGCAAACAAUUCAUGAGGCAUUGGACGGGGGCGAAGCUGGUGCUCGUAUCUUCUUUGCAGACUUCUCAAAAGGUUUUGACCUAAUUGACCACUCUAUUUUAAUACAAGAACUGUAUAAGCUCCAGGUUCACCCUGCCUUGCUGUCCUGGAUCUCAGCCUUUUUAUUCAAUCGUAGGCAGGCGGUUAGAAUUGGUAGUGUCCUUCUCAAUGGCAAACUCUGAAGGGAGGAAUACCCCGAGGGACUAAACUCGGAGUGGUACUUUUUAUGGUCAUGACAAAUAGCUUACUGGCUAAUUGGCAUCUCCGUACAAAAUUCGUGGAUGAUACUUCAGCCCACGAGAUUAUUCCUAGGAACUCUAUCAGCCUCCUUAAUUUUGCAGUCUCUGAUAUACAUGAAUUUGCUAAUGAACAUAACAUGAAGCUCAAUCCCAAGAAGUGUAAGGAAAUGCUUAUAAACUUCCUACAUAACCCCAAUUUCUUACUCCGACCAAUCCAAAUUGGUAACAAUAUUAUUGAGCGUGUGACAACGUAUAAAUCUUUGGGUGUCAUUUUGAGUAGCGACCUAAAAUGGAAUCCCCAUAUAUCCCGAAUAGAAUCCUGA